AUGAUUGCUAAGAUCUCUUCUGCCACCGCAAUGGAGUACGAGGAAAAGUACUCGGCCCACAACUACCACCCUCUGCCCGUUGUUCUCUCAAAGGCUUUGGGCGCACACGUUUGGGAUCCCGAAGGAAACGACUACCUUGACUUUUUGUCUGCUUACUCGGCCGUUAACCAGGGCCACUGCCACCCCAAGAUCAUUGCUGCUCUCACUGAACAAGCCCAGCGUCUCACUCUGUCUUCCCGUGCCUUUUACAAUGAUGUUUUUGGCCAGUUUGCCAAGUACGUUACCGAAUUUUUCGGCUUUGAAAUGGUUCUCCCCAUGAACACUGGCGCUGAAGCUGUCGAAACUGCCAUCAAGCUUGCCCGCAAGUGGGGUUACAUGAAGAAGGGAAUUCCAGAGGAUGAGGCCAUUGUUCUCUGUGCUACUGAAAACUUCCACGGUAGAACAAUUGCCAUUGUCUCCAUGUCCACUGACCCAGAAGCUAAGGAAAACUAUGGCCCUUACCUCGAGAAGGUUGGCCCUUACAUUCCUGGCACAAACAAGCCUCUAAGAUAUAACAAUGUUGAGGACCUCGAGGAGGCCUUUAACAAUGCCGGCGACAAGAUUGCUGCCUUUUUGGUCGAGCCCAUCCAGGGUGAGGCUGGUAUCGUGGUCCCUGAUGCUGAUUACCUUACUAAGGUCUCUGCCCUCUGCAAGAAGCACAAUGUCCUCCUGAUUUGCGACGAAAUCCAAACUGGUAUUGCUCGUACCGGUAAGCUUCUUUGCUUUGAACACUCUAACAUUCGCCCUGACAUGGUUCUUCUCGGUAAGGCCAUUUCCGGUGGUGUCACUCCAGUCUCUGCUGUUCUUUCUUCCAAGGACAUUAUGCUUUGCAUUGAGCCCGGUACCCACGGCUCCACUUAUGGUGGUAACCCCCUCUCUUGCGCUGUUGCCAUUGCUGCCCUUGAGGUUGUUAAGGACGAAAACCUUACUGAGCGUUCUGCCACUCUUGGUGAAAAGUUUAGAAAGGGUCUUGAGCCUCUUCUCGAAACUGGCAUUGUCACUGAGAUUCGCGGCAAGGGUCUUCUUAAUGCCAUUGUCAUUGACUCUUCCAAGGCUAACGGCAGAUCUGCUUGGGACUUGUGUCUGCUUAUGAAGGAAAAGGGUCUUCUUGCUAAGCCCACCCACGACACUAUCAUUCGUCUUGCCCCUCCUCUUGUCAUCUCUGAGGAGGACAUUGAGAAGGGUAUCAAGAUUAUCUCAGAUGCUGUCAAUGAACUUUCCACUUAUGCCAAGUCUGAGGGCCACUAA